AUGAGAAUAUUAAGAACAUACUUAUGUGAAUUCACUCAUAUGAGUUCACUUACUGAAUAUACUCUUCUGUGUCACACAAUUUUUUUUACAUUCUCAUAUGAGUGCACUUACUGAAUGUACUCAUGAGCAUAUAAUGAGCAAACUCA